AUGGCCCGCGACGAAGACGAGGUGUCGAUCUGGUCGUUUGAGGAGCAGUCUGGGAGCUGGUGUUGUUUUGCAUCCAAGAAACCCGCACCGCUGGCCAAAUCGACAGCCCAGUUGUCGCCAUCGACAGCCCAGUUGUCGCCCGACUCGCAGCGAGUAUACCGUCCCAACGCGAUGCAAGUCCCGCCCUCAUCCCCACCCUCGCCUUCGCCCGCCCCCUCCCCCUCGGCAGCCAGUGCCUCUGCCAGUACUCAACCCCGUUCUGUGCCUCAAAAGGGAACCGGUAAUCCCACGGGCCUUCGCCCACCCCCUCGGAUCCACGCGUAG